UUUAGAAUGAAUAGGUUUUAUUCAUCUCGAAUUCAAACACGACUAUAUUACAGUGAGUUGAAUUGAGAGGUGUGUAGCAAAAUAGGAUAGUAGACAGUGUAACACAAGCAAGUUAGAAUCAUCCACAAUUCAACUGGUGCCUCAGUAAGUGCUUCCAUAAAUGUUGGGUUUGUAAGUAUUAGGUUUGUAAGUAUUGGGUUUGUAAGUAUUGGGUUUGUAAGGAUUGGGUUUGUAAGCAUUGGGUUUGCCACCUUUGCCACCUUUUCCACCUUUGCCACCACCCUUGCCACCGCCAUUACCCUUUCCAUGGCCACUGUCUCUACCACCACCCUUUCCAUGGCCGUUGCCACCGUGUCCUUGAUCACCACCAUAGGGAGCAGGGAAAGCUUCAUCGAAGCCAUUUCCACAACCUCCACCAUUACAACCACCACCAUAGCCGCCGCCGCCGCCACCGCCACCGCCACCACCGUAGCUGCCACCACCACCGCCACCACCAUAGCUGCCGCCACCACCACCACCAUAGCUUCCGCCACCGCCACCACCACCGCCACCACAAUCGUCACCAUUGCAACCACCACCAUAGCCGCCGCCACCCUCGUAGCCACCGCCACCACCGCCACCACCAUAUCCGACAUCCUCAUAGCCACCACCACCGCCACCCUCGUAGCCACCACCACCACCUCCACCAUAUCCGCCACCACCAUACCCACUAUCGCCAUAACCGCCACCACAAUCACCACCGUAGCAAUCGCCACCGUAAUCAUUCGGACUUUCAUGUGGUAUUUGGUAGGCGGUGGCGUACCCAAGGGCUACUAAGAAGACGAGUGUAAGCGACGAUUUCAUUUUUCCAACUGUCUAUGUUGUUGUAUUCGGUGUGAUGAUAU